UCAGCUCCUCCCCAGACCCUGAGCAUGCAGGUCAUGGGGCUGCAAACCCUCCUCCUGCUGCUCUCGGGGGCCCUGACCCUGACCCAGACCCGGGCGGGCUCCCACUCCAUGAGGUAUUUCGACACCGCCGUGUCCCGGCCCGGCCGCGGGGAGCCCCGCUUCAUCACCGUCGGCUACGUGGACCACACGCAGUUCGUGCGGUUCGACAGCGACGCCCCGAACCCGAGGAUGGAGCCGCGGGCGCCGUGGAUGGAGCAGGAGGGGCCGGAGUAUUGGAUUCGGGAGACGCGGAUCUCCAAGGACAACGCACAGACUUACCGGGUGAACCUGAACACCCUGCGCGGCUACUACAACCAGAGUGAGCCCGGGUCUCACACCAUCCAGAGGAUGUACGGCUGCGACGUGGGGCCGGACGGGCGCCUCCUCCGCGGGUACCAACAGCACGCUUACGACGGCGCCGAUUACCUCGCCCUGAACGAGGACCUGCGCUCCUGGACCGCGGCGGACACGGCGGCUCAGAUCACCAAGCGCAAGUGGGAGGCGGCAGGUUGGGCGGAGCAACAGAGGAACUACCUGGAGGGCACAUGUGUGGAGUGGCUCCACAGAUACCUGGAGAACGGGAAGGACACGCUGCUGCGCGCAGACCCUCCAAAGACAUAUGUGACCCAUCACCCCAUCUCUGACCGUGAGGUCACCCUGAGGUGCUGGGCCCUGGGCUUCUACCCUGAGGAGAUCUCACUGACCUGGCAGCGUGAUGGGGAGGACCAGACCCAGGACAUGGAGCUUGUGGAGACCAGGCCUUCAGGGGAUGGAACCUUCCAGAAGUGGGCUUCCCUAGUGGUGCCUUCUGGAGAGGAGCGGAGAUACACAUGCCAUGUGCAGCACGAGGGUCUUCAGGAGCCCCUCACCCUGAGAUGGGGUCAGGGCCCCUUUCCUUCUUUGUGCAGAGCCACCCCCUCCGUCCUCACCAUGGGCCUCAUUGCUGGCCUGGUUCUCUUCGUUGUCACUGGAGCUGUGGUGACUGGAGCUGUGAUUUGGAGGAAGAAGUACUCAGGUAAGGAAGGGAGGGAGGAAGCUGAGCUUUUGUCUCGCUGGGAGGUUUCAAAUCCAGGUAGAAGUUUGCCUGCCUCGUUACUGGAAAGUACCAUUCACAUAUGUGCACUUGCCCGUCUGGAGAUAGGUGCUAACACUUACCCUUUUGUAAAGCACAUGUGAAAAUGAAAGGCAGAGUUUUCACCA